AUGGAGUUGCUUGAAAGAACUUAUCUUGUGAAUGAUAAAGCCACCAAGAUGUAUGCCUUCGCGCUAGACAGUGUGGAACUCCAGCAGAAACCCCUGAAUAAACAUCAAUGUCCUGGAGAGAAGCCGGAGGAGCUGGAGUCAAGAGCCAUCUAUCACUGCCACAGCAACUCCAGGGCCACAGAGAAGAGGGCAGAUGAGCAAGUCUAUGCCAAGUGGAAACUCUGCGUUGCUUCGGGAAUAUGCUUCAUUUUCAUGAUUACAGAGGUCGUGGGUGGGCACAUUGCUGGGAGUCUGGCUGUCAUCACAGAUGCUGCCCACCUCUUAAUUGACCUGACCAGUUUCCUGCUCAGCCUCUUCUCCUUGUGGUUGUCAUCGAAGCCCCCCUCCAAGCGGCUAACAUUUGGAUGGCACCGAGCAGAGAUCCUUGGUGCCCUGCUGUCCAUCCUAUGCGUCUGGGUGGUGACUGGUGUGUUGGUGUAUCUGGCAUGCGAGCGCCUGCUGUACCCUGAUUACCAGAUCCAGGCGACCGUGAUGAUCAUCGUGUCAGGCUGUGCAGUGGCAGCCAACAUUAUGCUAAGUGUGAUUUUGCACCAGAGACGUUCUGGCGACAAUCACAAGGAUGUGCAAGCUAAUGCCAGUGUCAGAGCAGCUUUUGUGCAUGCCCUCGGAGACCUGUUUCAGAGCAUCAGUGUGCUAACCAGUGCAAUUAUUAUCUACUUUAAGCCAGACUAUAAAAUGGCCGACCCAAUCUGCACAUUUGUCUUUUCCAUCCUGGUUUUGGCCAGCACCAUCACUAUCGUAAAGGACUUCUCCAUCUUACUCAUGGAAGGUGUGCCGAAGAACGUGAAUUAUAACAGUGUGAAAGAGCUCAUCUUAGCGGUGGAUGGGGUGGUGUCUGUGCACAGCUUGCACAUCUGGUCUCUGACAAUGAACCAAGUGAUUCUCUCGGCUCAUGUUGCUGCAGCAGCCAGCCGGGACAGCCAGGUCAUUCGGAGAGAGAUUGCUAAAGUCCUCAGCAAUAGCUUUAUUGUGCACUCACUCACCAUUCAGAUGGAAUCUCCAGCUGACCAGGACCCCGACUGCCUUUUCUGUGAAGACCCCCGGGAUUAG